AUGGCUCGAAUGAAUCGAUGUUGCGGUUGCAUUCCUAUGAGACCUGGUGUUAUAACUAUAGCACUUCUUAGCUUAGCUGGAGGAAUACUUGGUCUUAUCCAAAAUAUUCAGCUUCUUACAAAUUCUUACUAUUAUAUUCUUGGAUCGUCGGGUUAUGUUGCUUCAGUUGUAAAUUCCCUAACGAUUCUA